CUCCCUAGGUGAUUCCUUCUUCAACCUCUUUGUGUGUGAAACAGCUCCUUCAACAUGAGCUACAGCCUCUAUUUGGCCUUCCUGUAUCUGAGUCUCCUCACUCAGAGGACGUGCAUCCAGGGGAACCAACUCAAUGUGGAGGUCAGCCGAAGCGACAAGCUUUCCUUACCUGGCUUUGAGAACCUCACUGCAGGAUAUAACAAAUUUCUCAGGCCCAAUUUCGGUGGUGACCCAGUUCGGAUUGCUCUGACUCUGGACAUCGCCAGCAUCUCUAGCAUCUCAGAGAGUAACAUGGACUACACAGCCACUAUAUACCUCCGGCAGCGUUGGACAGACCCACGGCUGGUGUUCGAAGGCAACAAGAGCUUUACUCUAGACGCCCGUCUUGUGGAGUUCCUCUGGGUGCCAGAUACUUACAUUGUGGAGUCCAAGAAGUCCUUUCUCCAUGAAGUCACGGUGGGAAACAGGCUCAUCCGCCUCUUCUCCAACGGCACAGUCCUGUAUGCACUUAGAAUCACAACAACAGUUACAUGCAACAUGGAUCUGUCUAAAUACCCCAUGGACACACAGACCUGCAAGUUGCAGCUAGAAAGUUGGGGAUACGAUGGCAAUGAUGUGGAGUUCUCCUGGCUGAGAGGGAAUGACUCAGUGCGUGGACUUGAAAACCUGCGCCUUGCUCAGUACACCAUCCAACAGUAUUUCACCCUGGUCACCGUAUCCCAGCAGGAGACAGGAAACUAUACGAGAUUGGUUUUGCAGUUUGAGCUUCGGAGGAACGUCCUGUAUUUCAUUCUGGAGACCUAUGUCCCUUCCACCUUCCUGGUGGUGCUAUCCUGGCUCUCCUUUUGGAUCUCCCUCGAUUCAGUUCCUGCGAGAACCUGUAUUGGAGUGACAACAGUGUUAUCCAUGACAACACUGAUGAUCGGCUCCCGCACAUCCCUACCCAACACCAAUUGCUUCAUAAAGGCCAUUGAUGUGUACCUGGGCAUCUGCUUCAGCUUCGUGUUUGGGGCCUUACUGGAGUAUGCAGUUGCUCACUACAGCUCCUUACAGCAGAUGGCAGUCAAAGAUAGGGGGCCAGCGAAGGACUCAGAAGUCAACAUCACCAACAUCAUCAACAGCUCCAUCUCCAGCUUUAAACGGAAGAUUAGCUUUGCCAGCAUUGAAAUCUCUGGUGACAAUGUCAACUAUAGUGACUUGACAAUGAAAGCCAGCGACAAGUUUAAGUUUGUCUUCCGAGAGAAGAUCGGCAGAAUCAUUGAUUAUUUCACAAUUCAAAACCCCAGCAAUGUGGAUCGAUACUCCAAACUACUAUUUCCUUUGAUUUUUAUGUUGGCCAAUGUAUUUUACUGGGCAUACUACAUGUAUUUUUGAGAUGCCAUUGAACUCUUACAUAGCAUAAUGAGGUUAAGGGUAUUCUAGGACAUGUGUGUGCACUUCAGCUUAGAAAGCUACAAAUGGGCUGAUGUAACAAGUAUUCUAAGUUGUGUAGAAGCCCUAGUGUAACCAGAUUCUAUAAUAGAGUCAUUAUAAGACAACCCUUUUCUUCUUCAAUUUUUGGACAGAAUACCCCCCACAGAACCCAAGACUGCAAACCUACUCAGGGCUAUUUGCUCUCUGGAUCCCUGGUCUGCAUUCACUCCAUAAAAAUGUGGGAAGAAGAUAUAUACAUAUAUUAAGGGGUUUAUUUUCUAAAGAAUUCAUAGUUCUACUGAUUAAAUCUCUGUGGUCCUUAUAAGAUGCUCUCUUGCCUAUUUAAGGAGCAGUGUUUUCUAAUUUUUGUUUUUCCUUGAAAUAUGAAAUGUGGGUUUGUGUCAAUUCACUGGUGGUUACCUUGCUUCAUCAACCUAAUACCAGAUGGGUUCUUAGUGUUAUUUAAUACCACAGAAAAAUUGUCCCCAAAUUCUAUUACAUCCUAUUAUUGACAAAUCAGAUGUAAAUGAAUAAAAUAAGUGGAUCAA